AUGUGCUUUGGUAUCCUCCAAGCCCGGUGGGCUAUUAUGAGGGGUGCAGCGAGUCUGUUUAAUGAGGAGGUGUUGAGGAGCAUAAUUAUGACAUGCAUCAUCCUCCAUAACAUGAUUGUGGAGGAUGAGUAUGAUUACGAUGCUGCAGACGUGUACGAACCGGAUCCCAUGAACAUGGCAUUGACAAGAAUUUAUGAAAAACUCAUGGGGCCAAAUGGAGAAUCAGUGCAGCAUGAAGUGUUGGUUAGGGACGGUCGUUUCAUGACCCAUAUGAUUGAUCGAUAUACGGAGAUGGAAUCGUCUUAUAUUUAUGAACGACUUGUGGUUUGA